AUGUCAACUGCAUUAACAACUGCAUUAACAACAACAUCUACACAACAAUCAUUACAACAAUCAAUACAAGAGAAUGGAACAGCUACUACUACUACUAAUAAUAAUAAUAAUAAUGGCAAUGGUACUAGUAGGCGACCGACUUAUCAACUAAAUGAUAAAUUAAGACAUGGAUUUGACGAAGAUUAUAAUUCAGAAAAUUUUUUAAAUUUAUUAGCAAAUACAUUUUAUAUAUAUUUUGAUGAUAAAAGACAUAGUACAAAUGGUAAUCCAUUAACUUCAGAAAUGAAAACAAGCAAUAAAUAUUAUAAAAAUUAUCAACCCAUAUAUGAUUGGAAAGUAAUGAAAGAAAGACAAAAAACUAUUAGUGCAGUAUUAGUACUAUGUUUAAAUUUAGGAGUUGAUCCUCCUGAUGUUAUGAAAACUUAUCCAUGUGCAAAAUUUGAAGCUUGGUGUGAUCCAAACACUUUUACAGAUACUAAAAAAGCAAUUGAAAAUAUUGGGAAAAAUUUACAAUCACAAUAUGAAACAUUAUCAUUAAGAACAAGAUAUAAACAAUCCUUAGAUCCGUGUGUUGAAGAUGUUAAAAGAUUUUGUAAUACUUUACGAAGAAAUGCAAAAGAUGAGAGAAUAUUAUUUCAUUAUAAUGGACAUGGAGUACCCCAACCUACUUCCAGUGGAGAAAUUUGGGUUUUCAAUAGAGGUUAUACUCAAUAUAUCCCUAUAUCAUUAUAUGAUCUACAAACUUGGCUUGGAGCACCAGUAAUAUUUGUUUAUGAUUGUAGUUCAGCAGGGAAUAUAGUUCAUAAUUUCAAAAAAUUUGUACAAAAAAGAAUUGAUGAUGAUAAUGAAGGUAAUCAUGAUUCAAGUGCUCCAUCACCUACUUCAGCAUAUUUGGACUGUAUACAAUUAGCAGCAUGUAAAAGCAAUGAAUUACUACCAAUGAGUCCUGAUUUACCAGCUGAUUUAUUUACUUGUUGUCUUACUUGUCCUAUAGAUAUUAGUGUUAAAUGGUUUAUAAUGCAAAGUUCAUUAAAAAAAAAUUAUGAAGCAUUACCUAAAAAUCAAAUUGGGAAUGUCAUAAUACCGGGGAAAUUAACAGAUAGAAGAACUCCCUUGGGGGAAUUGAAUUGGAUUUUCACAGCAAUUACUGAUACAAUAGCAUGGACAUCUUUAUCAAGACCCAUUUUUAAGAGGUUAUUCAGACAAGAUUUAAUGGUUGCUGCCUUAUUUAGAAAUUUUUUAUUAGCAAAAAGAAUCAUGCCACAUUUAAAUUGUAAUCCAAUAAGUGAUCCACCGUUACCAGAUAUUGUAAAAUUUCAUCCAAUGUGGGAUUCUUGGGAUUUAGCUAUUGAUCAGGUAUUAUCACAAUUAUUAAAAACAGAAGAAUCUGUACCAUCUUCGAUUUCACAACAACCAGCAAUAACAAAUGGUUCCAUGGCAAAUGGUUCAACAUCAAAUGGAUCAGUACCUAAUGGAUCAGUUGCAAUAACUAAUGGCUCAACGCCACCAUCUCAAAAUUAUCAACAUUCAACUUUUUUUGAACAACAAUUGACUGCAUUUGAAAUUUGGUUAAAAUAUGCAGGUCCAUCAACAAAAGAGCCGCCAGAACAACUACCAAUAGUUUUACAAGUUUUGUUAUCACAAGUACAUCGUUUAAGAGCAUUAAUAUUAUUAUCAAAAUUCUUAGAUUUAGGUCCAUGGGGUGUUUAUUUAUCAUUAUCUAUUGGAAUUUUUCCAUAUGUAUUAAAAUUAUUACAAAGUCCAGCACAAGAAUUAAAACCAGUCCUUAUUUUCAUAUGGGCUAGAAUAAUGGCAAUAGACUACAAAGGAACUCAACAAGAAUUAUGUAAAGAUAAAGGAUAUAAUUAUUUUUAUUUAAUAUUAAAUUCAUCAAAUCAAGCUGCAAAUGGGUCAGGCCCAAUGUUAAUUAAUGAUGAUCAUAAAGCAAUGAGUGCAUUCAUUCUAACGUUAUUUAUAAAAGAUUUUAAAAAUGGUCAAAGAUUAUGUUUCUCAACUGAAAUUGUUAGCAACUGCUUAAAAUUUAUACAAAAUAGUGAAAACCCUUUAUUAAGACAAUGGUGUAGUUUGCUACUUUCUCAAUUAUGGAAUAAAUAUUCAGAUGGGAAAUGGGUAGCUUACAAGGAAGGAUACGUCAACAAAUUAUUUUCUUUAAUAAGUGAUCCAAUACCUGAAGUCAGAACUUCCAUAAUAGUUGCAUUAACGACAUUUUUAUCUGAUCCACAAACCCCUCAACCUUCAAAUUCAACUUCAGAAGCAAGGAAAGAUGAAAUGAGACAACAAGAUUUAAAAUUAGCGAAUACAAUGUUGGGAUUAUUAGGUGAUGGUUCUCCAAUAGUUCGUAAAGAAUUGGUGUUUUUCAUAAACAAAUUUAUAAGAGCAUAUCCUAAUUUCUUUUUAGUGGUUGCUUUUAAUCAGUUAGAAGAAGAAAUUGUAUUAAUUGAUAAUCCAAACAAUUUAAAUGAAUUUAGAAAAAGAUCACCAGCUUAUGGAUCCAUAUUUAGUUCAAUUUGGAAAGCAUUAUUGAUAUUAUCAGAAGAUCCUCAUUGUGAAAUUAAACAAUUGGCAGAGAUCUUAAUUGAUUAUGUUAUGUUAAAUUUAAAUGAAAGUGAAUUAUCUCCCAUGGUUAAAGAAAUGCAAAAUUAUUUAUUAAGUAAAUCCACAAUCAACAUUGGUGAAAGUUUUGGUAAUAAACCAAUGGAAAAACGACAAGCAUCGAGUGCUUCAGUUAUCAAUAGGAAAAAUAAUUUAUUAAUAGAUGGAUCAUCAUUGACUACAAGAGCCGUAUCAUCAAAUGGAGCCUCAGAAAAAUCAGAUACAGAAUCAAUUUCAUCCAAAAUUAAAAACCUAUCAUUUUCAAAAUUAUUAAAAAGUUUCCAAAUAAAUGAAGAAUCAGAUAUUAAAAGUUUUACAAGAAUAUUAAAUUCGGGUCCAAUACAAACAAGUUAUGGAUCAGAAUAUAAACCCAAAUCAGCAUUCUACAAGACUCGCGAUUAUAAUGAAUCAUUACCUCAAGAUUCUGGAUUUUUUGAAUAUAGUUGUGAAUAUUUUCAAGAACCUCAAAUGUCCAAAAAUGAAAUAGAUGAACCUGGUUCAAAAGAAUACAUCAAGAGAUUAUGGAGAAGAAAUAGAAAUGAAGCUAUUAUACAAGAGACUCAACCACAAAAGGAAAUGGCUUUGAGAGGCGAUUGGAAUAAAGAUAUUAAAAUACUAAACAAUGUAUCACAACCUAAAUGUAUAAAAUUUACUCAGUUUGAAAAAAUUUUAGUGGCCAGUGAUGAAAAAGAUAAUGUAACAGUCUGGGAUUGGGAAGAAUCUAAGAUAGUUAAAAAAUUUUCAAAUGGUAAUCCCUUUGGUACUAAAAUAACAGAUAUAAAAUUUUUAAAUGAAGAUGAUUUACCAUUAUUGAUGACUGGUUCAUCGGAUGGAGUUGUUAAAAUUUAUAAAAAUUUUCAAAAUGAAGAUGUAGAAGAUGAUGAAGAUAAAUAUGAAGGUAAUAGCAUAAAUCAAAGACAUGAAUUUUAUGAAGAAAAUGAUAAUGAUGUAAGAACUACUAAGAUUGAAUUAGUUACCGGUUGGAGAGCAUUAACUGAUUUAUUACUUACAGCUAAAUCUUCAGGUUUAGUUUCUGAAUGGCAACAAUCAAGAGGUUCAUUAUUGGUUAGUGGUGAUGUAAAAGUUAUAAGAAUUUGGGAUGCACCUCGAGAAUUAUGUUUACUGGAUAUUCCUGCAAGAUCAUCAUCAUCCAUUAGUUGUUUAACAUCAGAUCAAGUUGCAGGUAAUAUAUUUAUAGCUGGAUUUGAUGAUGGUUCUAUCAGAGUUUAUGAUAGAAGAUUAGAUGCAAGAGAAUCAAUGGUAAAAUUAUGGAAACUGACUAGAUCAAAUGGCAACACUACCAAUAUUGGAUUUGGAUCAAUUAAAAAUGUCCAUAUGCAAAGAGGUGGAUUUAGAGAAUUAAUAAGUGGUUCAUCAGAUGGAUAUGUAAAUUUAUGGGAUAUUAGAUCAAAUGAUCCUUUGUUAACAUUCACAACAAAUCAAAUCCGAAGUAUGGAUUCUCAUGAACAUGCACCUAUAUUGACCACUGGUUCAAAAGCAGUCAAUAUAUGGUCAACUUCAGGUGAUGAUUUGACCACAUUAAAGAAUCCACUAGCUGAAAAAUAUCUUGCUCGUGGAAUUAACUAUAUAUCAAAUACAACUUUCCACCCACAUAGAAUGAUGUUAGCUACUAAUUAUACUCAAGAUGCUAAUAUCAAUAUUUAUACUUGUAAAGAUGUAGUUGUUGAAUAUUAA